AUGUCUGCUGAAUGGCUGCAGAUUUUUAGUAGCCUACAAGAGUUAAAUGUAAGGGAAUCCGACAUAAGAGUGUGUGAUGAAUCAUCCUGUAAAUAUGGAGGAGUGUGCAAGGAAGAGGGCGAUGGUGUGAAAUGUGCGUGUCAGUUCCAGUGUCACACAAACUAUAUUCCAGUUUGUGGAUCAAAUGGAGACACUUACCAAAAUGAAUGCUUCCUCAGGAGGGCUGCUUGCAAGCAUCAGAAAGAGAUAACAGUGGUAUCAAGAGGACCCUGUUAUUCUGAUAAUGGCUCUGGCUCAGGAGAAGGAGAGUAUGAAGGAUCUGGGACAGAAGUUCAGAGAAAACACUCAAAAUGUGGAGUUUGCAAAUAUAGGGCUGAGUGUGAUGAAGAUGCAGAAAAUGUUGGGUGUGUAUGUAAUAUAGACUGCAGUGGAUACAGUUUUAAUCCUGUAUGUGCUUCUGAUGGAAGUUCCUAUAACAAUCCAUGCUUUGUUAGAGAAGCGUCAUGUCUGAGGCAAGAGCAGAUUGACAUCAGGCAUCUCGGACACUGCUCAGAAACAGAUGACACAAAUGCAGUUGGAAAGAAAGAUGAUGGCAUGCAGUAUCGACCAGAAGUGAAAGAUGCCAGUGAUCAAAGAGAAGACAUUUACAUUGGAAAUCAUAUACCUUGUUCAGAAAGCUUCAAUGGUUACUGUAUACAUGGAAAAUGUGAAUUCAUUUAUUCCACUCAGAAGGCUUCCUGCCGAUGUGAAUCAGGAUACACUGGACAGCACUGUGAAAAGACAGACUUUAGUAUUCUUUACGUUGUCCCAAGUAGACAAAAGCUUACGCAUGUUCUUAUUGCAGCAAUAAUUGGAGCUGUACAGAUUGCCAUUAUAGUUGCAAUUGUCAUGUGCAUAACAAGAAAAUGCCCCAAAAACAAUAGAGGACGUCGGCAGAAGCAAAACCUAGGCCAUUUUACUUCAGAUACAUCAUCCAGAAUGGUUUAACUUAGUGCUUUUUAUACCUACAUUGACCAUGUGAUGUACAUUUUUAUUAUAUCUUUUUUUAAAGAAUGGAAAUAUUUAUUUCAGAGGCCUUAUUUUUGAACAUUUUUAGUGUAACAAUGUUGGUCUGUAUUCUGAAAGCAUCAGCUCUAACAGCUAUGGACUGGUUUAGUAUCUUUACUUUUAUGUUUUUGAAUACAGUAGUUCAUUUUCUGUAUCUGUGUCACAUGGUUAUAUAAUAGACUUGUGCUUUAUCCAUGGAAUGUAAUAUUUUUGGGAACACAGAUUUAUUCCAACAAUGGUUGUAGACUUAAAAAAACCCCAACAAACCAACAAAAAAAAGUCCACAUUACCUAACAAACAAGGCAUGAACUAAAGGUAAAAAUGUUUACAGCUUACUUUUCUUAUGAGGAACUAGAAAACACUGUGUUUAAAUACCGUAGAUAUUUAAAUGUUUUUGGAAGUUAGUAACUGAUUUUUUAGACACUGCCUAUCGCAUGAACUGUGAAGCUGUGUGCUGUGUGUAGUUGUAACAUAUUUAUAAAAUGUGUGGGCUGGGUCUAAGCACUGCCAUCUUCAUAAAUAAUUCCAACAAUUUAUUUUUAAAGAGGAAAAUUAUAAAUUUCAUAAUUUGGGAAGUUACCUGGUAGAACAGAUGGCGCAGGUCCAAAAGAAGUAGGUCUUAGUAGAUUUAGGUACUGUAAAAAUUGGUGUUGAAUAAUUGAACAAAAACAAUUGGAAUAAAGCCUACUUUAUCACUGUUAAAAACUGUUUUAAUACUUCUUAAACUUUUUUAAAGAAAAUACAUGUUUUAACACCUACAAUAUGGAUUGUAUAGUGUUUGUGAUUAAAAUUAAAAAAUAAAAGUGAAUGAAUUACUAGUGCUCUUGUAUAGAGUAUUUUCAAGAGCUAAAGAAGUCCAUCCAAAUUAGUCUGCUGGUCAUAGUUAUAUUAAUAGACUGUUAGUUGUCGUUUGAAAGAUCCCAAGAUAAAGUGUGAAUAGGAUGUGUUCAGCUGUUUUAACAUGUAGUUUAGGCUUUCAGAAUUUUGCAUGUAGGAUUUAAUAAUUUGUUCAAUAAAAAAAAAUGCUUUCAA